UUGAGAGCUCAUCAGAGUGUUCAUCAUGGAGAACCAGCAGAUUGUCUUGAGUAGCGGGGAUGGUGGCACUGUGUCUGGUGCAGCACCUGCUUUUUUUGUCAUCUUGAAACAGCAACAGGGGAAUGGUAAAGCUGACCAAGGCAUCCUAGUAGCAAACCAUGAAGCUUGUGCUCUUGCCAGCAGCGUAUCAACUCCAGUAGUAUCCAAAGUCAAGCCCUGCCUCCCAGCUGAGUGUGUCUCAGGGGGCAUUACUGUCACCCUAGAUAACAACAGCAUGUGGAAUGAGUUCUACCAUCGCCACACAGAGAUGGUUCUGACAAAGCAAGGCAGACGCAUGUUCCCCUACUGCCGAUACUGGAUUACAGGUCUGGAUGCACGUCAGAGGUACAUCCUAGUCAUGGACAUAUCCCCUGUGGACAAUCAUCGAUACAAAUGGAAUGGCCGUUGGUGGGAGCCCAGUGGGAAGGCAGAACCACAUGUUCUUGGGCGAGUGUUUAUUCAUCCAGAAUCCCCUUCCACUGGCCAGUACUGGAUGCACCAGCCAGUAUCUUUCUACAAACUCAAACUGACCAACAAUACCCUGGACCAGGAGGGUCAUAUCAUCUUACAUUCUAUGCACCGUUAUCUGCCACGGCUUCACUUGGUGCCUGCAGACAAAGCCACAGAAGUCAUUCAGCUCAAUGGCCCGGAUGUCCAUACAUUUACUUUUCCACAGACUGAGUUCUUCGCGGUUACAGCCUAUCAGAACAUCCAGAUUACCCAGCUGAAAAUAGAUUACAAUCCUUUUGCUAAAGGUUUCAGAGAUGAUGGUUUGAGUAGUCGACCUCAGCGUGAUGUGAAACAAACCCGUAACUCAGGAUUGGAAGGAGGUGACAUUUGUGGUCAGCCUGCUGAGAUUGAUGCAUUAGAUUUAAAUAAGAAAGGUUCAGAUUCUUCAUUCAGUGGUCAAAACCCAUCAGAUGGUGAUCUGAACAAAGAAUCUUUUAAUGCAGAAAGAGACUUCCUGGGUUUCCGAGACACUGACUUAAAUUCAAGUGGUAUGCCAAAGCUGAAACAGGAAGUCUCUGAAAGUCCCAUUGCUAGCAGUUAUGAGAGCAGUUCCCAUGUGGCAUCCCCACUGGACCCAAAGGGACACUUUAACGUAGUUAUUAAAGAGGAGCCAGUAGAUGACUAUGACUACGAGUCAAGUAUUUGCACACAAGGAGUAAAUGUGAAACAGGAAGACACAGAUGAAGAAACAGAUGAGUAUUCCAAUACUGAAGAGGAUGAUCUUGCCCUACAAAAACAGUUAAUGAGCUGUGAUGAAACAGAGGGAAUUAAUGGAGAGUUCAGGUCUAUGAAGCGUGCAUUAACCAGUCCUUCAGGUGUUGCCAAAGCAAAAAUGUUAAAACUGGAGAGUGGGAAGAUGCCUGUGGUCUAUUUGGAACCUUGUGCAGUCACAAAGAGCACAGUGAAGAUAUCUGAGCUGCCGCAGACCAUGCUGUCUUCAGGCAAAAAGGAUAAAUCCCCUUUGAAUGCAGUACUGGAGUCUGUGCCUGUAGGUUUUGAAAAUCAUAAAGACUCUUGCUCAGGGACAGCCACUGUGACUGAGGAGCUAGUUAUGAAAAAACAAUCUCUUGGGAAUAAAAUGUCACAGAAAUACUCUUCAAUCAGAGAGGCCCAAUGGGCUUUAUCUAAAUCACCUAGUUUUAAUUCCAGGGGCUCAGUAAAUUAUCACUUCUCAGCUAAAGAGAUCUCUGGAAGAAAAAGGCCUGGCAUGCUGAAGAAUCCUAUGUACCUGAAAGGCUCUGGUAGCAAUCGAAAAACCCUGUCUUCAGUUACGACUAAAAGAGGAAGGCCACGGAAGCUGAAAAUUUCCAAGGCUGGUCGACCACCUAAAGGCAUAAGGAGAAAUGUGCUAACAAGCAAGAACACCUCUCUGGGGCCUGGGAGUAUCCUUCCAGAUGUUAAGCCAGACCUUGAAGAUGUUGAUGGAGUCCUCUUUGUGUCCUUUGCAUCAAAGGAAGCUCUUGACAUUCAUACUGUUGAUAGAACUGGAGGAGAAGAAUCACAGAAUCCUCAAGCUCCCUUGCUGACUACAACUGAUCCAGAUUGUCAAGCAAGAAUACAAGUUCUGGAAAAGGAAUUGAUGGAAGAGCUGAAGACUUUGAGGCAUAAGCAAGUAAUACAUCCUAGCCUUCAGGAAGUGGGACUGAAGUUGAAUUCUGUGGAUCCAACAAUGAGCAUUGACCUGAAGUACUUGGGUGUUCAGCUUCCUCUUUCCUACUCAAAUUACUCUUCGUGGAGCUAUCCAGGAGCCAAUCCAAGUUCUCCAGAUGCUGGAUUUCCUUUUGUUUCCAGGACAGGAAAAACAAAUGAUAUCACAAAAAUCAAAGGCUGGCGAGGAAAGCUUCAUGGUGCUUCUCGAAAUGAAGGUGGCAGUUCGGAAGGUUCCUUGAAGAAUCGCUCAGCAUUCUGUAGUGAUAAGCUGGAUGAGUACCUGGAAAAUGAAGGGAAAUUGAUGGAAACAAGUAUGGGAUUCUCUUCUAGCACUCCCACUUCUCCUGUAGUGUAUCAGCUUCCCACUAAGAGCACUAGCUAUGUGCGAACACUCGACAGUGUUUUAAAGAAGCAAUCCACCAUAAUUCCAUCAACAUCUUAUACAUUCAAGCCUAUUCCUCUAUUGUCUACCUCUAAGAAGACAAAGACUCAAACCAGACAGACAUCUGCAAACAGCAGAGUAAGAUCGUCUUACAAGCCUAUACUGCCAUCACCUUACUCUGGAAAGCAGAAACAGAACACUACAGCAUCAGGGGACAAGGCUGCUAAGUCUGUCUCAAACAGCAGUUUGAGUAGCCAGGGAGAUAGUUUUGUGGUGCCAGCUUUGGACGAAAACACACUUCCAAAACAGAUUAGCUUGCACCAAGCUCCACAACAGCAACAAGGAGCUCGCCCACCAGGUCUGUCUAAAUCUCAAGUGAAGUUAAUGGACUUGGAAGACUGUGCCCUCUGGGAUGGCAAACCACGGACCUAUAUUACAGAAGAACGAGCAGAUAUCUCUCUGGCAACCCUGCUUACAGCUCAGGCUUCCCUCAAAACUAGACCUAUCCACAAGAUAAUAAAGCGACGAGCACCUCCUUGCAACAAGGAUUUCUGCCGACUGGGAUGCAUCUGUGCCAGUCUAGCACUGGAGAAACGUCAGCCCACUCACUGCCGCAGGCCAGACUGUAUGUUUGGUUGUACUUGCUUUAAGAGAAAAGUGUUGCUAGUGAAGGGAGGAUCAAAACAUAAGAAAAUGAUGAAGAAGGCUGUGCGAGGAAAUCUUGUGCUCUAUGGAUCACAGGAAGAACAGAAAGAGGAUGAAAAUAAGGAGGAAGAGGGUGAUGGGGAGGAAGAUGAGCUGAAGCAGAAAGAUAAGAAGAAGAGAAAAAGAGUGGAAUACACUAUCUGUGACUCGGAGCCAGAACAGCCUGUUAGGAAUUGUCCAUUGUGGGUGAGAGUAGAAGGUGAAAUAGAUCCGGAGCCAAUUUACAUCCCAACACCAUCUGUUAUUGAACCAAUUAAACCUGUGGUACUGUCCAACCCUGAAGUCCUGCCUUCUCCUGGGCAUAGAGCUUCCAAUGGAGUGAAACCUGGCAGAGUGUAUACUCCAAAACCCAACCCAGUGAUUCGAGAGGAGGACAAGGAUCCUGUCUACUUGUAUUUUGAACGUAUGAUGACUUGUGCAAGGGUCCGGCCAUUUGAAUACAAGAGAAGAGAGAAAAAGCAACAAAAAGCCAAAAGUUAUUCACAGAGUUCUAGUGUAAAGGAACAUGUACCAGGGCUUCAGUCUGCAGAGAAAGCAACCUCUGAGGUAGACAAAGACUCUGAUAAAUCAAAAGAGAAAUGCUGGUGGUCUUCCCAUAGUGAGGGGGACACUUCCUCCACCUCCUAUGUUCAUCACACCACUCCAGGUGGACCAACCAAACUUAUCGAGAUUAUCUCUGACUGCAACUUGGAGGAAGAUCACAAUAAGAUCUUGACCAUGUUAUCACAGCAUAUCAACAGUAACGCGCCACAGUGCCUCAAAGUGGGUAGCUUCGUUAUUGAAUUGGCUUCGGAACAUAAGGCCCAAGAUGAGAACCACCCUCCUGUCUACUCCUCCAGAGUGAAAAUUUCAGUGCCAUCCUACAAGGACAAGGAUGAGAAGUCUGAGGUGCCUGUCCUGGAGGCUCCCAAUAGUGGAGUGCCAUCGUGCAAACCCCCAGAAACUGUUAAGCUCUUGCGGGCAGACUCACUGGAUAAACUGCGGGUGAAGUUGCAUGGGGGCAAAGGCUUGCCUUUUUAUGCAGGGAUUUCUCCUGCAGGAAAGCUGGUCGUCUACAAACGCAAAGCUAAUAUGAGCCCCUCAGGCUUGAUUCAGGUUAAUGAUAAAAGGUUUCCUCAGGCCAAACUGCUUUUGGGACAGAUGGGGGCAUUGCAUCCUGCCAAUCGGCUAGCAGCUUAUAUCACAGGCAGGCUGCGACCCACAGUACUUGAUAUCUCAACCCUCAGUACUGUGUUCAGCAAGGUAGCAUCCAAUGGUAAAGCAGCUGCUUCUGGGACACCAUCAUCCCAGGUGCCCACAACAUCAACUCCCAAUACUACAUCUUCCACCAGCAGUACUUCAACCCCCACUGUGACGACUCUGAAAACCCAUGUCCCAGCACAGAGACAGAUAGCUGCCCGACCCUCACCUGGUGGUAUGUUUGCGCAGUUUGUUAUGAACAGAGCUGGAGCUCUACAGCAGAUUCCUCUAAUGAGCACACGCCUGCCUUUGUCAGAGCCACAGAAUUUCAGUAUCAAGCCUCUAACAAACACACGCCUGCCUCUGUCAGAGCCACAGAAGUUGAGUAUCAAGCCUGCACCAGUAAUGGUUGUAGCUCCUGCAGCUCCCUCAAAGCCAUCUCCACCUCAAUGCACAAUGUCUCCUGCGGCCACUACAGCCACCGCCACUUCUCCGGUUAUUGUGGAAUGUACCAGUGUGGCAAUGCCUGCUGUGACCACACCUAGCCAAACAACAGCUAACGAACCUGCCUGUUCCUCUGCAAUUACAGUCACAGCUGCAUCUGCAGCAUCUGUAAUAGACACCUCUGCUACUUCCUCAUCCACUAUUCCUGCUGCCACAGUGAACACAGCAUCAGCAGCAGAGUUUGUUGCGCCAGUAGUAACCACAUCAUUACCUAAAGCUGUAGUAACACUAACUGUUACUUGUCCUGUUGUCACAACAUCCACUUCUACGGUCAUAUUAACAACAGCUGUGACAGCUACAACAGCUACAUCUGUGGUGACCACACCAGUUUCCUCUGCCAGCUCUGUUCCAGUUAUACUACCUGGAGUUAAUUCAAGUCCUUCACUUACUCCAAAAAAAGAAGAUACUUCUCCACAAAGUGCAAAUAAGACUCCCCCAAAGCUGUCUCCUGGAGCGGACAAGCGGUUAGGACCUCGAUUGUUGCUGAUUCCUGUGCAUCAGACGUCUCCUGCUUUGCGGCUGCUAAACAACACACAGCAGACUCCGAGGCAGAGGAUGGUCCUUCAGCCCCUCAAGAGCCCUGGUGGUGUGAACCUGUUUAGGCAUCCUAAUGGGCAGAUAAUUCAGCUUGUUCCCCUACAGCAGUUUCGAGCUGCAGGUGCCCAGCCCAACGUGCAGCCAAUGAUGCUUCGCAACCCAGGAUCUGUUGUAGGAAUCAGGUUGCCUACACCUUCGAAACCUCCCGAGCCACCUGUGCCUCCCACUACCUCUGUGUCUUCCACUGCUUCUGCCACAAAUUCAACUGUACAAACUGCAGUACCCAAGUUAUCCCCUACAUCUAAUGCAGCCACUCAAGCAUCUUCUCUUCUUCCUUCAGUAACAAGCUUUGUGUCGCAGGCAGGCACUCUGACUCUGAGGAUCUCUCCUCCUGCUGCUAGCAGUGUGACAAAUCAAACAACCGCUGAGUCUAAAACAACCAGCUCCGGUAGUAUGCCAGCUACCGCUGCUAAUCUCAUACCUUUACAAUCUGGUAGUUUUGCUUUACUUCAGCUCCCAGGACAGAAGACUGUGCCAAAUUCCAUACUCAACCAUUUUGCAUCUCUUCAGAUGAAGAAAGACUACAGGAAAAUCUGUAAGAAAGAUGACUCAGGUGCUGCUAAGCAGAAGGAGAAUGAGAAGGCUUCACACUCAGAUGACACUGAAGUUACAGAGCCUGAGGUUACCGUGUCAGAUAUGAAACAAGAAGAAGAUGAGUUCCCAGUUAGCCAGUUAGAUAACAUUGAAGAGUCUCCAUCUGGCACAAUCACACCUGAUAAAAACUCCACUAUGAUAGAGAAGGACUCUAAGAUGAUGGAGAGUUCUUGUGAUGAUAGCACUUCUCAGCAUGAUGCUUCUGCAGAUAUUGUAUCAUCUGACCAUUCAUACAUUAGUGAGAAGCCAAAUGAUGAGGAAGAGGCUUCUGAGGAAAUGGAGGAUUCUGUCAGUUCUGAAGCUGGAGUGGAGGCUGUGAACUCUGAAACAGUUUGUGAGCUAUCAGAUCAGUCUCUAGUCCCUCUUCUGCAUAAUACACAUCCACAGUGUCUUGAGAAUCAGGAGACCACACAGUUGAAGAACCAUGGGGAAAAACAAAUACAUGCUGAGCAAGAAGGGAAACCAGUAAAAGAGGAGGAAGGAGAUGCACAAACACAGAUGAACAACAAAGUGAGUUCUGGGCAGUCACAAAGUCAAGAGCAAGAUACACAGCUGGAGAACAAGACAGAACAGAGAGGGAUCAACCUGUCUCAGAACAAACAAGAACAUCAGCGUGAUGCUGUGCAGCCAGAUGUGGAAAGGAAGAGGCAUGAGGACUCUACAGAAGCAGAAAGCAUAGGAGGGAAAAUAAGAAUUAAGGCCGAAACCAGUUCUGCAGGAGGGCAGGAUAAUGCUUCAGGAGCAGAGCAUGCUCUCAGUGCUGAGGAAGGCAAAGCAAACACAGCUAGGCAGGAAGGCAAUAACAACAAAGAAGAAGAUGCUUUUGAUUCUCAGGAUGGGUUGAAAACAGGUCAUGAUAUUGUAACACAUGUCAACAGUUCUUGGAGCAAAAUAUCUAGCAUUGUACCCACUUUAGAAAGUAAAAGCAAUGUGGAAAACAAAGCUGCCACAUCUGAGAAAAGUGACUUCCUGGCAGCAGAACAGAGGGUACAGGAACCCAGGUGUCACAAAAAGGAUUUCAUGCCCCCUGUUGAUGUAACUGCUGACGAUACAGAAGAGGAUGAUGAGGAGGAUGAGGAUGAGGAUGAUGAAGAGGAUGAAAAAACUGACGAUUCUGCUGAUGAGAUGCUGGAUGGUGGUUCUGACUAUCCAAGUGAAGAGGAAGUAGAUGUUGAAACAGUGGAUGCGUGUGAAUUCAGUGAGGAUGACGAGCAGGUGGACAUUGAGACCGUGGAGGAGCUUUCAGAGAAGAUUAACAUUGCCCGUCUGAAGGCCACAGCUGCUAAUACCCAGUCUUCCAAACAGAAAUACCAUGCUCGUAGCUCUUCGGAUGAAAAAUUAUCAGAAAAACGUGCAAAGCAGAAACGUCAAUUCCGGAACAGGAGACUGAAGUCUGAAGCAGAAGCCUUUGCUCAUUACCGACAGACACACACUGCAAACGAGCGCCGGCGGCGUAAUGAAAUGAGAGAUCUCUUUGAAAAGUUGAAGAAAGUUCUGGGGUUGAACAACCUUCCCAAAGUCUCCAAAUCUUACAUUCUCAAGCAAGCCUAUGAAGAAAUCCAAGGAUUGACUGAUCAGGCAGAUAAACUUAUUGGACAGAAGAACUUACUGUCACGCAGCCAAGAUGCUUUGAUUCGAAAAGUAUCCACGCUUUCAGGGAAGACAGAAGAGGUUGUCUUGAAGAAGCUAGAAUAUAUUUAUGCCAAACAAAAAGCAGUAGAAGCACAAAAAAAGAAGAAACAACCUGAGUCAGAGUCAUCUGCUAGAACCAAAACUGCUAGCACACAGCAAGAAAGAUCUACUCCUCCCAGGGAGCUGUCUCAAAUACCUAUGACAAACAGAAGAGGCAAGCCAUUGAUUCUCGCCAGGAAAGGAGUCCGUGCCACAGAGGACACCACAUCCUGUCUCACGCUGACCCCGGCAAGCCUGGUGAUGACUGCGCAGGGGCAGGUGCUUACGCUGAAGAGCCCACUGGUACCAGGGCAGGUAGCAACUGUUCCUUCCACACUAUUGCAAGCUGAAUUAAAUCCUCAGACCAUCAGUACUGCCGUGACAGCACAGCCAGGUAUUGCUUCUGUGAUGAUUCAACUGCCAGGAUCAACAGUUCCUGUCCAAGUAAAAGGAAUCCUUGCUAACUCAACCAUUCCUAUUACACUGUCAACUGUUGCUGGAAACCCAGUGCCCUCAACAGUAGCACCAGCUACAGAGCCCCAGUCAGCUCUGCUGCCCACUGGAGAGAUGUUUCCAGACUACUGUAUGCUGGAUCUAGAAAAUGAAGAUUCCUUCAUGAUGCCAAAGAUCGUUAAUGUAACGUCGCUGGCUGCUGAGGGAAGCAUGACUCUAAACCUGAACAGAAAUAAUUCCAAUGGAACGACUGCUACAGGAGCUCAGGCUUCUGAGAAAUCCUUGUCUGCAUCGCCCCUUGAAAGUAGGAAGAGUGACGGAAUCCUUUCAGAGGAAAAAAGCAAACCAUGUUCUGGUGACAGUGGUGGAGAUGGAAGAAAUUCCACAGGUCCCUUUGAAAAUAAAGCUUCCUUUGAAAAUAAAGAUGGCCUUGCACAGCUCCGGAGUGUGCUGUGUACAAAAGAGCCUCCAGAGCCCUUCAGCAAAAAGCUCAGUGCGGCUGAGUUUGUUGGAAGCCAAGCCAGGAGGAAAGACGGUGACCCGGGAGGGGAGAGAUUGAAAUCUAAAGAGCUGCCAUUCCGCAAGCUGCAGAUCAAAGAUUCCAGGAUAGAAAUGGAAUUGAGGAAAGUAGCCUCUGCAAUGGAGGAAGCAGAUCUGGAUGCAAGCGAGUUACUGAGCAGCAUUGAGGACAGCGAUGACACUGACGAAACCCUCACUUCCCUGCUCAAUGAGAUCGCCUUCCUCAAUCAGCAGCUGAACGAUGAUGCAUCGUCAGAGCUUCCCAGCACUCUCAACUCUGACUUUGCUCAUGAAGAUGCAGAAGGUCAUCAGAGAACAGCCGGGGAGCUCACCGCUGCAGAUGGCUCUUCCUUCCAGUUCAGCCAUUUGGGAGGCAGUUUUAAGGAUCUUUCUGAAGGUCCAGAGAGUGGUGGCUCUAUAAGUCCUCUUCUGCUGCAUCUAGAAGAUGAUGACCUUACUGAGGGAGACAAGAACUCUGGGGAGCCUUCAUCUGAAGCAGAUGUUUUAAAGAUAGUAAUAGGUGCUGAAAUGAAGGAUCAGCUUCCCAAGCUGUCCAAAAUCAGUGCUGGGAAUGGCAAAACUGCAACAACCUUGGCGGAGACCACUAGUGUGACUCCACCAGUUUUACAAAUGAAAACUAACCCUGAAGCUAGUAGUGCUGACACUUUGUGGAGGCCCAUGCCCAAGCUGGCACCACUUGGCUUAAAAGUGGCAAGUUUACCAGUGGACUCAGAAGGGCAGAGUAAUAAAGUGAUGCCCUUAUUGGCACCUAUAGUCGCAAAACUGGCACCCAGUGGGGUAAAAACUCCAUUACCUGCAGCUGUCCAGGAGGGACAGGAUAACAAAGUGAUGCCCACAUUAGCACCUGUGGUUACAAAACUGAAUGCUGCUGGGACCUUGCCUUCAAAUUCAUCAGGCAAAUAAAUGGAUCUGUUCUUAAUUAGUGAUCUGCAGCAGUAUAUACCAGUGGUGGUGUUUGGCAACCCCCUCCAUGUUCUGCAUGGCAUCAGCACUCUGCUAAUCUGAGGGCAGGCCCCAAACUGAGAAAUAAGUGCUAUGAAACUUUAAGCAUCUUGACUUACUUUUACCUCACUGUUAUGUUCUGGGUGUUCUCUUCCCCCUUCAACAAAACAAGGAAGAUGAUAUAUAACCAUUUGCUGGGCACAUGGUAUCCUUCCAAAAUUGGGUUUGUCAAAGGACUGAAAAACCAAACCUGAGCUAUUGAAAGGGAUUACCUUUUCUUGUCUGUUGGUGGUUUUUUUUCCUCAGCAGGAAGGCAGCCAUCUUGUUGGGGAAAAAAAAAUCUGGGUUACCUGCUUUUGUACCAGGCAAACUAUCUAUGCAGAAAUGGGGUUGCUGGCAUUUGCUGUUUGGUGUUCUGUUGGUUUUUUUUAAUGUUUGCAGAAUAGGAUGAAGAUGCAGAAAGAGAGAUUGAGGGUAUUCUCAAACCAGUCACCCAGUGCAGCAGAAGGGGAAACCAAGGCUGUGCAACAGAGGGCUGAAGUGAAAAUGUGUUCUUUGGUGCUAGAUGGUUCUCUGGCAGAAACUCUUUUUAGAAGCCUGUGCACAGGAGAUUUUAAUAAACAUCUGUAACUCUUACUACAUGGGGAAGAAAAUGCUGUUUCCCAGUGUAAUUAGAAGUAGGACAGUACAUUAAUGUUAAUAAAACUACUAAAACUCCCUCACUCGCUUUUACCUCCUGCCCCUAUAGAAAUUGUCCCUCCUCCCAUGCAUGGGGCAUGUGGAAGGAGAAACUGCAGACUAGGAAGCACCCCACCACUUGUUCUUGUUUGCAUUGCUCCUGUCAUUGUUGAGGAUGCAGGUGGCGGCCAGGAGUGCCAGUAGGAAGUGUGGCUCCAUAGAAACACAGAAGGCUCUCAGGGCCGAUGCAGCCGAACGCAGAGGAGCGAGGUGUAUAUGUGAAUGUAUAUAUGAAAAUACAUCUAUAAUCCUUCCAGACCUUCAGUUUCUGUAUGAAUUCAGGAAAGGUACUCAGAGGUUUUUCACUGCAUUUGCACAAGCUGUGUAUAGCAAAAAAAAAAACAGUAGGAAAAAAAAAAGUCAACAGAAACGCUGAUGACCAGGGAAAUAGGGCAGUAUUGAAUGACAAGAUGUAUUUUUUAUUCUCUGCCACUGCUCACUCAGUAACCUGUAGAAUACUCUUCAGUGUUGGGCUGUUGGAUGGGAAGGGCCUACAGACUGUAAAGAUAUUUAUAUUUUUGUAUGCCGUUUUUGUUUUCCUAGUUUUCUUGGCAAAAGAGAUUUCCAGCCUAGGGGAGAUGAUUUGUUAAUGAGUGUACACACAGUCUUUUCCUACAGAGUUUGUAAAUAGGAGUUACGGUGCACUUGAGGGGCUUUUGAACUGCUCCCACACACUAACAAACGCUGCCAUGGAAACCAUGCUGAAUUGGGUGGUGCAUUUUGCUUUAUGUUUAGGAACAUUGUCCCUGUCUUACUGUUCCAGCAACAGCUGCUGGGAUGUGUGCCCCUCCCCGCUCUGCAAAUUCCCCAGACCGUUGGUGAUGCAGUAAUGGCUUUCCAGCACUGAGGCUGUGCAGGUGUCAAAGUACGUUCUUCCACAGCUGGGGAGCAGUGUUUGUACACAGUACAGCCCUAUGCCCUGGCUUGGAUCCACCAAGGGAUACACAUCCCUGGAGUGUUCCUUCCUCUUCUUGGUGAUGUUUUAAAUCAUGUUGCAGAGGAGAGAAGCCCUUCAAGCUCAGUCUGCAUAAAGAUACUCCCAAGCCUACAUCAAAAAGACUCUCCACCCAGCCACUCUGAAUGGUGUGGCUUAAAACAGUUCUCUGUAACUCUGUAUUGCCUUUUGCAUAAUUACUGUUUUAAUAUUUGCUGGAAGUCCUGUGUCGGCUAUUUCAAGAAGAAAGUUAAUGUCAGCAUGGGAGUGAUGCUGGAGCUUAGACUUGUCACUGGAUGCUUUAGAAAAGGGACUUCACAAUAUGAAUGAGUACUUAGCUGUGUUGCUUUUUAUUAAGGAGUUUUGACUUGAUUUUAAACCAGUGGAAAUAUGGAGUAACUAUGUUAGUAGCACUACAUCAGACUCAAAACUUUGUUACCUGGGAGUCUGGUUCUGAGCAUUUCUAAUAGGCUGACGUUGCUAUUUUUUAACUGUGGCAGUUGUUUUGCCGAGAGAUUUCAUUCCUCAACUGUGUGAAAUGGCAACCAGCACAGUGCUGUGAUUUCCUUUCAGAUUCCUGAUCACUGACCUUUCUUUCUGCACCUCAUCACUUUAUCACUCCAAAUGGACAAGUGUAAUUACAGAAUUAGGUGCUGAUCACACCUGAAUCCCUUUUAAAAAGGCUUUUCUCAGAACUAGGGUUAGUAUUGUCUAUCUUUGUCUUCAAUACUUUACACACUGCUGAGGACAGAGAAAGCUGCAACAGGAGAACCACGCAAAUAUUACCUGAAAUGAAGGCUGUAUUUGGGGGUGUUUUGUCCAUGGCCAAGGUCAUGGGGAACACCUGGAUGUGCUUAGUUUUGGCACUGGGCAGUAAGGAAUUGCGCUGCAAGAAAAAUGUACUGUGUAAAGAUGACAGCAGACACUUUUGAACAUGAUCACUAAAUUAACUUAAAACAGACCCCAAAUUUGGCUAUUAAAAGUGGUAGUUGGUGCAGUGCCAGAAGGAUCUGUGAUGGGCUCUACUAGGCAACAAAGCAUGUUUGAAAUGCUCCUCAUUUCUCCUCUCUUUGUUUUUACUGUCUCCUGUCUGCAGCUUAAUAUUUUGCUGUGAAUUGAAAUGCUGACUCUUUUUUAAGCUCUUCCUUUACCCUCCCAUUUGGUUUGGAACAAACCUGUUAAAAACGACGUCUAUUUUUUUAAGGCAAUAAUGCAAGAAUACAGCACGGAACAGCAAGGUUUGAGAGUGGGGAGAAGAAAGGAAACCCCUGCGAGGUGCACGUUCUCACUAGACCAAGAAACCUGGAGAUUUUCUUUGUUUUGUUUUUUUUUUUUUACACACCUAUAAAUAGACUGGAAUGUUUUUAAGAAUAUAAUGAAAUGUCAGAUUUAGCUUUUUUCCCCUUUUAUAUAUUAAAAAUAUCUUUCCUUUUUCUGCUUUUGAAAAAUGGAUAUUUUUGUAGAAAUCUUAACAGUACAGGACUCUUAACUGUAUGUGAGGGACAAAGUGUAAAACUAAAAUAAACCAAUCAAGGUCAAAUAGAAA